GCCAGACAGCACAGGAGAAGAAUCCACGGCACAGCACCCUCUUCCCAGUGACUGAGGGCUGGAGACGGGCUGUGACUGCUCACCUCUGGGUAUUUCCUUUGGAUUAGACAAUCUUUUCUCAUCCAGACCCUCGCCACCCUGUCUACUGACCCACAGCAGCAAUGAGGUCCAGGCUUCUGCUGCCCGUGCCACACUUGCCGACGAUUCGGGAAACUUCUGAAGAGUUACCACAUGGGGCAUCUGGACAGGAACCCCCAACUUCUCCCAGCCUGGAUGACUAUGUUAGGUCUAUUUGCCAGCUGGCACAGCCCACCUCAGUGCUGGACAAGGUCAUAGUCCGGAGCCGACCUCAUAGACCCUCCCGGCCAGCCUGGACUAGAGAGAAGAGGUGCCAGGCUGAGUCUCUAGCAGAUAGUUCUCUUUGCGCCAGGGGCCUACAGCCCCUGCUGCCCUCUCCUGGCACUGACAACCCUCUGGACUGGCUCUUCGGGAAGUCCCAGGAAGAGCAGGCAGACAGAAGAGAUCCGCCCAAUGGGCCAGGCUCUUCUCAUCACUCGGGUGUGCACAGACAGAAGGAGCACACGGGGAGGCUCUGUGAGGUCAGGCUACCUGAGUACUCUCCAGGAAGAAAAUCGGGGCCUAGGCAGCAGACGUCCAACCGGAAAAGCUGGACUUCCGGAAAGUCUCAGCAGGCCUUAGCAGCUGUCUCCCGCCCUCGCCCCAGCAGAAUUCUCAGCACGCUCUGCCUGCACCUGCCGGUGAUCCGUGAACUCUAACCCCUCUCCAGACAAAGCUCAUAAAGACUAUGGUGGGCCCCUAUGCCCCCCAGCCUCCCUCUCCUGAAGACACCUGCCGACAGGUCUGCAGGGACUGGGCAAUUCCUAGUGAGACCCACUGCCAGUCUGCCUCCGACAACCCGACUAGAACCAUCUGCUUGUGACUGGCUGGCUGGUGACCUUGUAGGAGUGACUUAGUGUCUCUGUUCCUUGGGCUUAUCAUGGUUGAAAUGGCUGUGAGAGGAGUGACCACUUCCUGGACUGUGCUAGUGAGGAAAUACGUGCUGUACUCUGGGUGGCUGUCAGUCUCACGUGAAACCAAGAGUCAAGGGCCGGGGGCGGAGGCCGUGGGGGGGGGCAGUCUCAGCUCCCUAAAGCAGUGGUUCCCAAACGUUCUAAUGCUGUUACCCUCUAAUACAGUUCCUCGUGUUGUGGUGACCCCAACCAUAAAAUUAUUUUUGUUCCUACUGAAA